AUGCUCGUCAUGAAUUCCAAAGUAGGUAGCAAAAUUGACCCUGCUCGACAUCAACGUCGUGCCGACGGCAUUGUCGAUCCUCUCUUCGUGCAUGUGUUGGGCAGCGCUCCAUUCGUCAGCAUCGGCUACUCCGUCUCGACUAGCGAUCUCGUCCCAAGAAAACCGCCCGCCAAUGUCCCGGGUGCAUCCUCAUCCUCAUCCUCAUCAUCCUCAUAA